AUGUUCUUCUCAUCACCUCCCCACUUGGCUAAGGCCGAGGAGCUCAAGCAAGCGCCUCCAAAAGGCGUAGCUUACUCUGUCGCCAUUCCUGGCACUGAACAGCCCGGCCGAAGUCGGGUAUACCGAGCAUGGAAUGCGCAGAAGGAACUUUUGACGACACUGGACCCCCAGGUCACCACGGCCCAUGAUAUGUUCGAAUCGACCGCCAACCGCCUGCCCAAGAACCACUGCCUCGGUUGGCGUCCGUAUAACUCCACGACCAAGUCUUUCGAUCCAUACCAGUGGCUCACUUAUGAGACUGUGCAGAAGAGACGCGCUGCGUUCGGUGCUGGUCUAGUAGAGCUGCACCACAAGCACGACUGCCAUCGCUCCGGCCAGUAUGGUGUUGGUCUCUGGUCCCAGAACCGACCGGAAUGGCAGAUUACUGAUUUGGCUUGUAUUUCCCAAUCUCUUUACUCCGUCUCGAUCUACGACGUCCUGUCCCCAGACGCUACCGAAUAUAUUAUCAACCACGCUGAGCUCAGCUGUGUUGUGACCUCUCUACCCCAUAUCCCAACUCUCCUCAAGCUCAAGCCUUCUCUCCCGAACCUGAAGAUCAUCAUCAGUUUGGACCCGUUAGAUGGUGGCGAGCAGGACGGUCACUCCAAGCGUGCCCUUAUCGAAUCCAUGGCUGCCGGUCAGGGCCUGGCGAUCUACACUAUGGGUCAGGUUGAGGAGCUGGGCUUGGCCUCAAAGCGCGGGUACAAUGCCCCUUCUGCUUCGGACAUUGUCACUAUCAACUACACCUCCGGAACUACCGGUCCCCCUAAGGGUGUUGUUCUGACGCAUGGCAGUGCCGUGGCGGCCACGUCCUGCGGUCUGAUCACUAUCGGCCAAUCCCGAGGUGAUACAAUGGUCUCUUAUCUGCCGCUGGCCCAUAUUUAUGCCCGUCUGGCGGAGCACACUGCUUUCUGGGUGGUGCCCGGAUUGGUUAUUUCCACGGAAACAUCGUGGAGUUGGUCGAUGAUUUGA